CUUUCCUCCAUGAGCUUCCAUCUCACUUUUUACCUCUAAGUGUGUGCUUAGAAACCGAAGGCGCGUUUUAAAAUAGCGCUUCAAGAGGCUUCAGAGAAGAAGAAGAACAACAACUUUCUCAGCAGAUUUAUCCAGUAACACCUUUUUGAUGGUCAGAAGAAGAAAUGAGUCACUGGCUAAAAUGGAUUUUCUUCUGGAUAGCAAAUGCCGUUCCUUUUACUUUUGGCAUGGCAGUAAAUGAUAAAAUAGGUCAUUUAUGCCCUCCGUUAAAACUGGAGAAAAGAUGGUAUGCCAGCAUGAACAGUCGCUAUGAGUUUACAGGAUUUGAUUUGGCAGAAAAGUUCAGUCUUCGGAAGGGAACAAAUACAGAUGACAGACCUUUCUUCAGACUAGGCAGCAAGCCCCUGGUUAAAGCCACAGAGUUGGUGUUUCCGAGUGGGCUGUCUCAUGAGUACUCCCUGGUAACUACGUUCCGACUCAGAAAAACUACAAAGAAAGAUCGAUGGAUUCUUUGGCAGCUCUUUGGGCAAGCUGGAGAAUCACAAGUAUCAUUGGAAGUGGAUGGGUCUAAAAAGUGGCAUAAGCUUGGAGUGUCUGUACGAAGCAGCACUGUGGCAGUCUACAUAGACUGUAAGGUGAUUGAGACAUGUCUGACUGGAGAUAGAGAUGCAGCAGACUUGGAUGGACGUUCACUUAUCACUACAAGGGUAGAGGAUGAACGACCAGUGGACAUUGAGCUUCAGGAGAUUCUGAUCUUUUGUGAUCCCCAUGUGGCAGAAGAUGCCAAUUGCUGUGAUGCAUCAGGAGCCAUUAGCCAGUGUGGUGUUAGAGGAACUGAUGCUCCUACAGCUUCCCCAUUGCUCACAGGUUACCACCUCCAAAUGCUGUCCACACCAACCCAGCAGCCAGCUAAUCAAUGCCAGUGCCGGGCAGAAAAGGGAGAGGCUGGUCAUCAAGGUGUGGCUGGACAUCCUGGAGCAAAAGGAGAUAAAGGAGAGAAGGGAGAUUCAGGAAAUAAUGGGUAUCCUGGUCUUCCUGGAGAGAAGGGUGACAUGGGCAUUGCUGGCAUGCCUGGCUUAGACGGUCAUCCAGGAAAUAAGGGUCUGAAAGGCGACCCAGGACCUGCGGGCCGACCUGGACCGAAAGGUGAUAAAGGAGAUGCAGGCCCCCCAGGACUUUCUAAAAUAAAAGAAGGUCAAAAAGGAGACCAGGGUCCUCCGGGUGUUGCUGGAAAAAAGGGAGAAGCUGGUUUACCUGGUCCACCAGGAGCCCCAGGAAAAGAGGGCAAAAGGGGUCGCAGAGGACAUUCAGGGGGACCUGGUAUUCCAGGGCCACCGGGACCCCCUGGAUCAUCUGAAGGUGGAGGCACCAAGGGGGAGAAAGGAGACCCAGGUGUGAUGGGAGAAAGAGGACAGAAAGGGGGAAAAGGGGAUGCAGGUGAAGUUGGCCCCAGAGGACCCCCUGGCCCAAGUGAAACAGGGGAGAAGGGUGAGAAAGGGGAAAAGGGAGAUCUGGGUGAAAAAGGCAUUCCAGGGCUGCCAGGUGUCAAGGGAAAUGAUGGAUUGCCAGGACAGACGGGAGAGCCAGGUCCACAGGGCAAAGAAGGACUGCCAGGUCCUGCAGGACUUCAAGGUUUUCCAGGAGAUAAGGGUUUAGUAGGGGAGCCAGGAGCACCAGGGAGAGAUGGAAAUAAAGGACAGAAGGGUGAUGCUGGUGGAAUCCCAGGGCCACAAGGCCCACCAGGUCCCAAGGGUGAGCCUGGAGUUGGAGCACUUGGUUAUAAUGCAGAGGUAGUACCUGGGCCAAGAGGACCAAGAGGGCCAAAGGGAGAGAGGGGAAUGCCAGGGAUUCCAGGAGAGCCAGGAGAGAAAGGAGAACCUGGUGUGGGAGUUCAUGGUCCACCUGGCAUGAUGGGGCCAAAGGGGGAGCCAGGAGUAGAGGGUCCUCGUGGUUUACAAGGUCCCCCUGGAGCCCCAGGAAGCCAGGGCCCUCCCGGUCGUGAAGGCAGACCAGGACCUCCUGGUGAACCAACAGCAUUGCCAAUUGUUCAAGAUGUUGGCUUACUUCUGAAGAAUGCUUGCCGUGUCUGCCAGAUGAGAUUACUUGGACAGAAAGGGGAGAAGGGAGUACCUGGAGGAGAGGGUAUUCAAGGAGACAAAGGUGAUCAGGGUCUGAGAGGUCCAGUUGGUAACCCAGGAAAAGAGGGUCCAAAGUGCUUCAAAUUACUUCAAAAUUACUUCUAA